AUGGAAGAUAAUGGAUCUAUCGAAUAUGAGAUGUCAUGGUGUUUCGAGCCACAACACAACUUCUAUGCCGAGUAAGUCAAAUAUUUCAAAAACUUCCAUUUGAUUUUUAUUCUAGCAUCUUUGCCCCAGUGGUUCGAGGAUUCCUAACACUAAUAUGUGUAAUAUUGGGAACAAUUUGCAAUAUUCAAGGAAUAAGCAGUGUUCAUAAGUUGCACAUCGAUAAAAACCGAGGGGCAGUUCUGGCAGUUUCAAUGAUGUCUUUGGCAUUCUGGGAUACAUUAUUGCUUGUGAAGCGCAUUAUUGUAUUAUUGUGUGGGAGCAUUAUUUCCAAGAAACGAGUGGAUUCGUGUGAUAACACCAUUUACUCAUGGAUUUGCACAUGUUGCAAAUACCGCAUCGGUAAGUGAACUUGUGAAAAAUUAUUUUCUAGAAAUCUCCUCAUCUUUAAUUCAGAAUACCCAAAAAAAUCAGAAUUUUCAGAUUUGGUGUGUGGUUGUAAUCACAAUUCAAAGAUUCAUGGCAACUCGUGA